AUGACUCAGUUGGCUGGUGAAAACUUAGGAAAGCGUCAAAAAGACCUUAAUAAAAGAGUUUAUGAAACUGUCAAGAAACAGGUAGAUUUUGACAAUUUAAAAGAGAUUGAGGAAAGUUCUGAUAUUGAGAGGCUGUAUAAAAUUGAUGUUGCUUCACAAUAUAAAAAUAAUGACUACAUCUUAACAACUCUUAAAUGUGGAGACAGUUUGUAUGUUUCCAGGGCUAUGAGGGCUGACUGGUUUUAUAAUGAUGAGUUUUCACAUGUGGUGAACCCUGACUAUUUACAUCAUGAAGUCUUCCCUCAUAUGUCAAUGAAAAUGAAGACCAAACUUGUUAACAAAAUUGCUUCAAAAAUAAGAAAUGAGUCCAGGGCAGCUGACUUUUAUACAUAUUUUAAUAAUCUUAAAAUGGAUCAUCUUGCACAAAAGUUUCUCUAUUUCACAUCAGAAUCUUUUAAACUUGGCAUUAUCAACAGUAGUCAUAGUUUGGUCAAAAAUGAUAUCAAUUUAAAGAAUAUUAUAGGUAAUUCAUUUGUAUUAGCAGAAGCAUUUGUAGCAAAAAUAGAGUUUGAUUCAGUUAAAGAAUAUCACAUAAUGGAACUUUCAUACUUAUAUUCAAUAAAUGAAGAGAAGUACUUGAACCUUCUUGAAAAAAAUGUGACAACAAAUUGUGGUAAAUACUUUGGGGGUAGAAUGUCGAAAAGUAUUAUUAAAAAACACAAAAAUAGAAUUCUGCAAUUCCCAGGUCUGUACAUACAUAAACUUAAUAAGUAUAUGUUGGUUCGUAAUAGCACUAGUGAUGAUGCUAAAAAGUAUUUAAUUGCUAUAAUGCCAACUGAAAUAAAAAAAUUUUGGUUCAAAAACAUUUAUGGCACAUACAAGUAUCUUUUUGAUUUGAUUCCUAAAAAUGAUGUUUUUUCUUUCUUUAAAAACACAUUUAACACUUUAUUUGGAGAUAAGCCAUUUGAAAUGACUCUUGACUUUUAUGAGUUUCAUUACUAUGACCUAUUUAAUGAAGAAGAUAGAGAGAAAUGGGCUUUAAAACACAUUGAAGAAGGAAAGGAGAUACUUGGCACCAAUCGAGAUUAUAUUUGGUAUAAGUUUGUAAAUUAUGAUCAAGCAUUUAAUGCCAUCAAGAAGUAUAUUCUUGUGACAUCUGAUGAGGAUGCAAGGAAUGAAAUGGCAGUGACCUUAAUAUAUUCCUGUAGAAAUCAAAGAGAUUUGGAAAAAUUAUUCAACUAUUAUUAUGAAAGAUUUGUCAAUGAAAGUGGUCAUCACAAAGAAUAUUUUGUUGAAUCAGUUCUUAAAGCACAUAAUAUUUUUAAAUUUGACGAACCAUGUUGGACAGCAUUCAAUAAAAUUUUGUACAGUAUGGAAGUUUAUACUCCAGGAUUUUUCGGAAAAAACAACUUUAGAGUUUUCUGUGUAAUUUAUAAUAUAUUACACCAAUUGGAUAUGCCAGAAGCAUUGAAAUAUUAUAUGGAUAAUGAGAUAGCUUGUAAUUCCUUAAAGCGCCACUCAAAAAAUUUAUCAUCAGAACAAUGGCAUACUGUUUACAACUAUCUAUGUGACUAUUUAUUGAAGAAAUUUCAAAUGCUUGAGAGUGAUAAUGAUGAAGAUAUAAAAAAUAAGAAGACAAGCUUGACCCACACAUAUUUGAAUAUUCUUGAUUGUUUUGAAAAGACUAAAGAUGAUAUACCAAAAGCAAUUUUGGAAUUUAUAAAUUCAAAUAUAAAAACAUUUAAAUUUAUAUCUUUACUAAAGAUAGAAAACAUAACAGAAGCAUCACUUUUACGAAUUCUAAAACAAGAUAAAAAUUUGUUAGUGCAAAAAGUACCACACAUAAAAAAAGAUUUAGAAAAUCAAAGAAUUAAGAUAAAUUCUUUACUAAAGAAAAUUAAAGUUUACUUUCAGAAUGAUAUAGAUCAGGAUUUCUUAAAUUUUUUCAAUGAACAUUUAAAAAAUAAACAAGAGUACCAUGAUUGGGUUACAAGACUAGCAAUUUAUGGUAUUUUUGUAUUGGGUGAUGAGAAAGCUAAAACACAAUUGCUGUCUAAAUAUGUUCCUAAAGAGCCUAAAAUUGACCACAGCAAGAUUGAUAGAAAAGUGUUGGACAUUCAAGAAGCAAUUUGCCGUUUUGCUUGUUAUUCACGGCCUCCAGUUCCUCUAAAUCAUAUUUUGCAAUAUAUUAAAGGAGAUUAUGUCCAUUACUGCAUACCUAUGUUUAAUGUGUAUGCAUCUAAUUUACCAUUGCCACAAUCAAUUGAGUUCAUUGCUGCUAUUUUAGAUGCACCACUUUCUAUACAAAAACAUGGUAUAAGAUUGGCAUUCAAAGCUUAUGGCACUGAAGACUUAAAAACUCUAAUAACAGGUAUUUGGCACAAAACAAAAAAUGUAUCACUUAGACUUAUUAUUUACCAGGCUCUUGUAAGUAAAAUUGAAGGAACCAAUUAUGUGAUACAAGAUGAUUUAUUUGAAACAUUAAAAUCAUUUACUUUAACUUUACAUGCUGAUGACCAAGAUAAAAUUUAUGAUCUUAUUGUAUCACAUAAUAUUCCUAAGCGAUAUGUAGGAAAAUUGGUUGAAAUUACUUGGUCUUCUGUUAGAAAUCUAUCACAUAAAAAACAGAAAAACAUACUAAUUAAAAGUAAAUUAAUUAGUCAUAUAGAUAAACACAUUGACCUAGUAAAUCGGGAGUUUUGUGCCAAUAUAAUUGAAAAGCAUGUUAAAGAAAUGUUUUAUGAAAAGAGGAUGCAACAAAACUUUGAUUGGAGUGAAGAGGCUUUAAAUAAAGCUUUAUGGAAUUUAACCAGUAAAUACCUAAUUACAUGCAAAAGUGAUAAUGACUUUAUCACAUCUCAGAAACUAGUGACAGAAAUUUUAAAAGAGACUUUUAACCAAUGGAACUUUGUUUCUGAAAGUAAUUUUGUUUUCAUAAAAUUUUGUUAUCAGUUUAUUAAUCAAAUCAAAAGUAUUAGUUCUGAAAGUGACCAAGAGGAAAAUGUCUAUGUUGUUCCAUUAGUUAAACAUAUUGUGUCAUUACUUGAAGGAUUUUCUCCACAUUCCGAUGUAUUUAUAUUAGUAUUAAACUUGAAACUUUUUAUAAAUAUAAGGAAAAUUUUGCAUGAGAAAAUUUUGGGCAUUGAACAUGCUUCAGAAUUGAUUUUCAAGAUGUUAUCUAAAUUUAUAUCUGAUCUUGUUAUCACAAAUCACUUCAUAACAAGCUUAAAUGAAACAUUUACCACAUUGAUAACUGACAAUAUUCAUUACUUUGCAUUGUCUAUAAAUGUUAAUGAAAAUAUACUUAAGGCAUAUGUUUGCAAUAAAUUAAUUACUAAUUGUGAUAAAGAGAGGGCCCUUAUUGCAUUGUCGCUGAUGCCACUUUUGGAUAAUAUAGAUGAAACAGAUAAAAAGGUUUAUAAAAAAAUAUUUUCCGAUUUUAUAGAAAAAGUUAAAGCUGUUAAUGAUUUUGAAACACAAUGUAACUAUUUUUGUAAGUUUGUUAAUCCUUAA